AUGGUGAAAGUGCACAGAAGUGAUCCAAAUUUGCACAUAGUGUGCGAAAUAUCUGGCUGUAAUCAAAGUUUUAGCAAGGUCUUCUCUUACAAAACCCAUUUAUAUCGGAAACACAAAGAUUUUGAAAAUAAUGCUGCUGAAGUCGAACAUAUUAGAACACUUUUAACAGAAGAAACCGACGAUCUAAUGAUUGUUGACGAAUACAGUGAAGUUAAUAAUUUGUCUAAUAAUAAUAAUAGAAGAGAAAAUGCCUUCUUUCUAUUGCAAGUGAAAGAAAAGAACUUACUGACACAGAGAUGUCUUGACGAAAUUGUUUCGGGCACAACGGAAUUGAUUAAAUCCACUGUAACCACAGUCGAAAAUAGCGAACCCCAGCGUAUUACAGUCGGGCACAGAUCAGUUCAAAGAAGAUCAGGAACAAGAUACAGAGAAUUUCUACGUGAUGAUGAAAUAAUGUAUAUUCCUCUGCUGGAGAUACUGCAACAACUAUUAAAUAUGGAUUUUGUAAUAUUAGAGAAAGGUCACAAGAAUGAAAAUGGUUUCAUUGAGGAUUAUUGUGAUGGCAAAUUAUUUAAAGCACAUCCACUCUUUUCAAAAGAUCCUACUGCACUUCAGCUAAUGUUUUACUAUGAUGAAUUGGAAAUAACAAAUCCUCUUGGAAGCAAGACUGGAAAGCACAAGUUAGGCACAGUUUAUCUCACUCUUGGAAAUAUCCCACCAAAAUUUCGGUCAACACUAAAUAGCAUUCAGUUGCUAGCUGUUGCAACAUAUCCCAUUAUUAAACAAUAUGGAAUUGAUUCAUUGUUUGAGCCGAUAAUGAAUGAUCUUGCAGAACUUGAAAAGGAUGGUGGUUACCAGUUCAUGGUUAAAUGCCAGCCGAUGUCAUUUGCUGGGACUAUUGCAUUUAUAUCUGCAGACAACCUGGGUGCACAACUUGUUGGAGGCUUUAAGGAGAGUGCAAGUGCAAAUCUAAGAUGUAGGCAUUGCAUGGAAUACUGGUUUACUAGUAAAAUAUGGGUUAUGGUCUAA